AUGAAAGUUUCUCCUUUGGCUCGUGGCCAUGAAAGCUGGUCACUUGGAUCUUCUGGAGGUCAUGGAGGUUUAUCACUAGGUUCUUCUGGAGGUCAUGAAGGACUAUCACUUGGAUCAUCCGGUGGACAUGGACUGUCUUUAGGAUCAUCUGGAGGUCACGGUGGUUUCUCUUUUGGAUCAUCUGGUGGUCAUGGAGGUUUAUCACUUGGAUCGUCUGGUGGUCAUGAAAGCCUGUCAUUAGGCUCAUUUGGUGGACAUGGUUUAUCUUCAGGAUCUUCCGGUGGCCAUGAAAGUUUAUCACUAGGAUCUGGCGGUCAUGGUGGCCUUUCAUUAGGAUCCUCUGGGGGACACGGAUUAUCCUUGGGCUCUUCUGGUGGACACGGUGGUUUAUCUUUGGGAGGUCAUGAAAGUAUAUCAUUAGGAUCCUCAGGAGGACAUGGUGGUUUAUCAUUAGGAUCCUCUGGUGGACACGGUGGUUUUUCAUUUGGAUCUUCUGGAAGUCAUGGAGGACUAUCACUAGGAUCAUCUGGAGGUCAUGAUAUAUCCAUUUCCGUUAGCUCAUCAGGAGGUCAUGGCGGAUUAUCGUUAGGAUCUUCCGGCGGACAUGGUGGAUUGGGAGGACAUGAGAGCAUUUCUUUGGGUCAUGGACAUGGAGGAUUAUCUUUGGGAGGAGGAAGUCAUGGUGGUUUAUCAUUUGGAGGAGGUGGCCAUGGAAGCUUAUCCCUUGGAGGUGGUAGCCAUGGAGGAUUUUCACUUGGAGGUGGCGGUCAUGGAGGAUUAUCUCUUGGAGGAGGUGGACAUGAAAGCUUGUCAUUAGGAGGUGGUCAUGGUGGUGAAGAGGGGUUUGGCCAUGAUCUUUUAGGACGUGAAGCAUUGAAAAAUUUUGACCACUCUUUUAUUCAUUUGGGAAAAUUUUCAGGACCUAAAAAACUCCCACCCAAAGUUGUUCAUGUAACAAAAACCUACGCAAUUAAGGUUCCGGUUCCAUACCCAGUCAAAGUACCUCAUCAUGUACCCUACCCAGUACCAGUACCAAAACCAUACCCAGUUCCAGUAGAAAAGAUCGUAAAAUUACCUGAAUCUCACGGUGGAGAUCAUGGUUCCUCGUCUGGAUUCAGUUCCAGUGGAUUUUCUGGAAGCGAUCAUGGGUCAUCAUCCGGCUUUAGUUCCGGAGGCGAAUCUUCUCAUGGCGACAGCUACGCACAAGUUGCGAUAUCUCAAGGAUACAGUUUAGGCGGCAGUAGCAGUGGUGGAAGUGAAGGUGGACACGACUUUUCUUCAUCAUCAGGAUCUGGAUCUGAUUCUCACAGUGGUGGUUUCUCCGCUUCAUCAUUCUCAGGAAGUGAUCACAGCUUUGGAGGCUCCUCUGGCGGUGGAAGUUAUGAACAUAAAUCAUAA